GUACACUGUUCUACGAGACUGUUUGUACGAAGGUGCUAAGUAAAGACCAGUUCGACAGGUUAUGAGCCUUGCCUCCCGUCCCUGAAUUACUUCAUACCAGCACAUAAAAUUCGUCCAGUUCUCGAGCAGCAAUACCAUGUCUGAGCCCAAGGAAGAAACGGCCUCGGCCAAGAUUUCUCCGCUUAUGGGGGAAGACAACUAUAGUGAUUGGAGUUUCGAUAUCCAAGCCUACCUCCUUGGACUCUGUCUUAUGUCCACUCUUCAUGAAACUCCUGUUCUUCAUAUCCCUGUCACAGUUCCUACCGGUGACCCCAACCAAUCUCCUCGAGUUCUCACUACUGAUGAGCUCAAUACCCUCAAUGCCAAAAUUCAAAACCAACACCGGGCCUACUCCAUCGUUAUUCGAUAUCUUUCUCCCCAAGUAAAGGCUGCCUUAUCAGCUGAGGUGAAAAAUCUUCUUGAACCAAAUCCCAAACUACUCUGGGAAGAGUUGAACCGAUCAUAUUCAAAAGCCACUGGACAUAGAGUUGGAGAACUUUACUCUAUUCUCUGGACCACUCGAAUUCCGGAAGGUGCCGAUCCUCGUCCCUACCUUGCAACCCUUCGCUCUGCGCUCGCCCAACUGAAGCAGACACAGUCUGUCGAUGACCAACAGUGUGCAUAUGCCAUGUUACAUGCUCUACCGGCGAGCUUCCGCCCAAUCAAACAACUUCUGUGGGCUCAGACGAAGUUCUCCACUUCAGAUGUUAUUGCCCAGGUUUCUGGCGAGUGGGUCCGAGCCCAAGGAGAUGUCGCAGAGGAGGCCGGGAUGGCCCUAUUGGCACAGUCGAAAUCAACAGUGAAUAGUAAGAGAAGGAAAGAAAAAAAGGGGGACAAUGCUGGGGAGAGUCAGUAUUGUAUCUGGCAUGGUCCAAGUAGACACUCAUCAAAGGACUGUUGGGUCGAACACCGUCAAAAAGAAAUCAAGGCAGGAAAGGUAGCCGAAGCUAAGCUAGCCGAGGCUGACACAUACAAGUCGGAUGUGUCAUCUGCCUAUUUGGCACAAACCACUGCACCCAACCUCUCUUCGCCCUCCACCACCUUUGUCAUCGACUCUGGCGCGACCGACCAUAUGGUCUCCGAUCCCUCCCUCCUGCACGACGUCCGCCAUGCCUCCACGGAACACAUUCGCAUCGGCGAUGGAUCCCUACUCCCGUCAACCCAAAGAGGCAGUAUCACCAUUCAAGGUGUUGACUUCCACAAUGUCUUAGUGGUCCCUGGUCUUGACUGGAACCUCCUCUCCGCUUGUAGAAUGCCUACCGGUGCGCAGUGGCUUUUCACCCGACGGGCUGCUCUCCUGCUCGACGCCUCUGGUAAAAUCCUCCUAGCCUCUGAUUUUUCCGACAAAGGGCUCUACACCCUUCAGAUUGGCAUUGUCGCCUAGGACAUCUCAACGUCCGAAGCGUGGCUAAGCUGGCUAGGAGCGGAAGGUUGUCGGGUCUGCGUGAGGUACCGGAGAAGGAUUUGCUUGGAUUUGAAUGUGAGGCAUGCAUUCAUGGUAAAGGUACUCGUCUACCAUCUCCGCCCAGUUCCGUGCACGCCCAAGAACCCUUAGCACUAGUUCACCUUGAUCUGUGGGGUCCAUCAUCAACUCCGUCCCACAAUGGCAGUCGCUAUUUCCUCACCUGCUAUGAUGAUUAUACACGCAAGGUCCAUCUUUAUUUUCUAAAGGCCAAGUCUGAAGCAUUCCAUAAAACCCAGCAUUAUAUCGCAAUGGUUGAACGACAGUUAGGACGGCAAGUCAAAGUCAUUAUACCGAGUCUUAACAGGCGGGGAGAUGCCCGGGGUUUGAGCAGGGUUAUAGAGUGGAUGAUUCUCUACCAGAAUAUGCAAAAAGGGAACAGGGGAGUUUCAAGGGGGAUGUUUUAUGGCCGUUUGAAGUUCAUGGGUCGUUGGACGGAGAACAAUCGCAUUUCAGACGUUCGACGAACAAUGGUUACGUAAUUUUAAUUGAGGUUUCGUCUAAUUGCCCACUUUCAUGGCGAUUGCCUAGAAUUAAAGAGGGGUCAUUAGGUGAUGGGAUAGACCAAGGUGGGAGCUUUCUAACGCAUAAAAGGGUAGGCAUGGGAGAUGCAUUGUAAUAGGAAUAUGUAUGGUUUUGCGUUGGAAAAUGAUGGAUGUUACAUGUCGUAAAAAGUGGAG